AUGAACAGAAUCUGGGAACCACCUGAAACCACGUCAGCUUCGACGUCGCGGUCGCACUUCAGCUUCGAUGAGGAAACGCUUCGCUGCGGUCUGCGUGUCCAGAGGUUUCGACCUGUUCGCCCGUACGCCCCACGAACCCUCCGCGCCAUGGCGCUCGCCUUUGCGGUGACUGGACCAACAGCUCCCACGCGGGCAGAGCUGACACAGGGAAUGCCAGCGGAGAGACCGGCUGAAUGGAAGACUUCGGUGAAUCUGGCCUUCACCAGCAUGGCCUUCACUGCGGUGGCCGCGCGGUGCGCGCGGACUCGCGCUCCGUUCCGCGCUCUUCGUCGCGCUCGUCCCGUGCCCGGGUCAAUGGCGGUGGUGGGCUCACCGACUGAGACCUAUGAGGAGUUGGUGCAGACCUCUGUCAAGCUGCGGGAUGAAAGUUGGCAAAAGACCUUCUUUGCAUCCUUCAUGGGCGGCUCAUAUGUGGGGAUGGCCUGCCUGCUCUCCUUCGUGAUCGGUGGAAACAUCUUCCACAACUAUCUCACACGGAUGGCGGUCUUCGCUACGCUCUUCCCAGUGAAUCUACUUCUGAUCCUGCAGAGUGGUGGACAGCUCUUCACAGGGAACUCGGCCACAAUGGCCAUGGGCGUGUUGGAGAAGAAGGUGAGGGUUAAGGAACUCAUUCGCAACUGGGCCAUUGCCUAUGCUGGAAAUAUUUUGGGCUGUUUGACCAUCAGCGUUUUGGCCAACUACUGCGGCUUGAUCACUGGAGGCGCCCGUGACAUGGUCCUGGACUUGGUGGCUCAGAAGGUCAGCGGAGCCUUUGGGCCAACCUUCGUGAAGGGGGUGAUGUGCAACUGGUUGGUGUGCAUCUCCCUGUGGCUGUGCACCAUGGCUCGGGGUUUGGGUGGCAAGAUGCUGGGCGCUUGGUUCCCGGUCUCGAUGUUUGUCGCCAUUGGCUUUGAGCACUCCGUGACCAGCAUGUUCAUCCUCCCCGCAGGUCUCCUUUUAGGCACGCCCUUCUCAUGGAUGCAGCUGCUGAGCAAGAAUCUCAUUCCGGUGACCUUGGGCAACGCAGCUGCCGGCGUCUUCGUGGUCGCGGCCAGCAUGUCCUUCGCCUUCGGCCGCUUGGGGCGAUUUGGGUCGAAGAGAAAGUCCACUUGGGCCAGGACACCAUGGGGGGAGGUCGUUGUGGCCUAA